AUGAAAGCCAACAAGUCAACCACUCCUAAAGAUAUUGCUGAUACACCUCGCCUAAAAAGGAAAACCUUACCACUACUUGAAAACAAUAGAAGUAAAGAAAAUAUCCUUUGUGAUACCAAGAAAUCUUCAGGUCAUGGUGAGGUGAAGUCUACAACAAGAAAAGUAGCGACUACAGAAAUGCAAAUAGAGACAGGAGUUUACAGUACAGAACAGAAAGAAAAUAUUCAAAACAUGAUCCUUGAGCAAAUUCUUCAAAGACUCAAUGUGAUAGAGCUAAGGCAGAAGGAGGAUGCCUGGACCCUUCCAACGCAGAGGAGGAGUAUAAUAGAAGAAAAUGAUGGGGAACAUUAUAUAGACAUAGACAUAGCUUCUUCACCAAAUAUGUUGGAUAGAGUUAACCAAGUAUGGGGAAUUAUUGAAGAGGCUAUUAUUAAGUCAGCAAAGCAAAAUCUCCCAAAUAAGAAAAUCAGACCUUCAAAGAGAGCUAAUUUGGGAAAGAUUAUAAGAGAUAUUAAAAGAGCAGAAAAUCCACCUAAUAGCAGCUCAGUUUUGCAAUGGAACAGAGGUUUGGAGAAAAUAAACAAGUCGACAGGUAGUGAAAUCACGUUGGUCACCGACUUCAUUACUGAAAGCUGGUUAGAAGAAGCAAAGAAAGAAAUUAGAGUGUGUGUUGAAAGAAGAGUACAAAUAAUCAUUAAGAAGCAAAAACGAAUGCUAACAAGCCUGCUAGAAAAAUCAACCUCCAAAGUGACAAUUGACAGAGUUUAUACCGAAGAGGCAGAGAGUGCUCGGCUAGAAACGAAACCUAAAGAG